GUCACACAUGCGCUUUUUUUCUUAAUCCGACUCACUUUAUAGCAUCUGUGGGCGAGGACCUCUCAGGCCACACAUGCCAGGCCGGAUAAAUGAGCCAAUGAGGAGCGAGUCAGACGUAAACACAUUAUAAUGAUCGUCAGUGGCCUUGGUAAAUAGAAGUGAAAGCAAUGUGAAACGCACAAGGAACGAAGGAGGAUAUUUCUUACCCGUCUGUGACCUUAUUCGUGAUUAUUUGUAAAGAAGUUUGGUCCUUGUGUCGGGAUACAUCAUUAGUGCAUGGGCUGCACCUAAAUGGCUUAGAAGAAUCCGUGCUAUUUCUAUCUCCGGGGAGUUUUGCCCUUCCUUGACGGUUGAACGCUGCUGCUGUUGGAUCUGUCACUGAAUACAACCCAGCUAAAGAUGCAUUUUCUUGGCAUUCUUCUGCUCAUGUUGGGCGAUAUAACACUGGGGGUUUCCCUUCCAGUAGAUACUGUCAUAGUGCAGGUGCAGCAGAGGGGCGUGGUGGGUUCUCACCAGGUCAUGGAGCAGGUCCUUCUUAACGGGGUCUCUUUAACUGGCACAAGUCAGGAAGUUGGAAGAAUUAUUAGAACUAUAUCAGCUGGUGCGCUCUUUCCAGCCUUUGUCAAUAACAACCAGACUUCAGUUCUGAGAAACCACACUCUGUUACGUUCUCGUGAAUGCAUACUGGAGGGGUCUCAGCUGCACUGGACUGACCGUGUGUUUUGUGAUGGGGCACUGUGUCUAACCCUGGAUCACAGUGAUGCAUGGAGGGCACAAAUACCUCAAGCACUCACACUGAAACUGAUGUUGGAUCAAGAAGCAGAGCGCACAAGAAUGGAGAGGAUUCGCCUCCAGCAGGGAUGCAUCGAGCUUAUGAAGGAAUUGAGGCUUUCUCGGGACAGGACUGAUUCAGGGAUUCCUUUGCCUCAGUUUCUAAUCCCCGUCUUGGCACUCCUGGCAUUUGCUGGACUUAUCAUAAUCAGCCUUCUUCUCUCCAAGAACUAUGGUCUGAGGCACCCUGGAGGUGUUAUUGGCUCAGUCAUACAUUAUCCUCAAGACAUGGCGGAAAUGCCUCCAGAGAAAAAAGCUGGUUAUUAUUCUUUAUAAUUCAAAGCUACAGCAGACAAUAGCUCAUAUCCUACUCUGUUUUAGUGAUAAAUGUCCACCUUCAUGAUUUAGCCACUUCCCCUGUGUAUAUGGCUUCUUUUGCUCCAUGAAUGUAACCAGAGCUUUGCCACAGUGCCAACAGCCUGCUUUGAUAAACAUGCAGCCUGGAUCCAUGUUCUCAAUAUUUUAUGCACUUUAAUGCAUUUACUCAACAUGGACCAGUGUUUGUAUUGCUUUAAAAACUUGUGCACAAAUGCAAAACUCAUAUGCAUACGUUUUUGCAAAACUGAUAACUACAUGAAGAUGUUUUCACCAGUUAUGAUUUUUAGAUUAAGCUAUUCAAAAUUAUGCCGUAAGUGUCUUGACUUGUAUGUUCACUUUCAUUUAUUUUACAUUAUCUUGUAUAAGUUAAAAGGACUGUGAAGAUUUUAUAACUGACUGUAGAUAAAAGUCUGCUGAAAUUGAGCGUUUUGUUUUGCCAGGUUAUGUACAUAUAUAUCUUUGUGAUGACUUAACUAAUUGUGCAAACUGUGUUUUCCAUGUCUGAGAUUUUUAUGGAAGAAAGUUUAAUUAAAGACUAUUUUAAUCA